UUGCGGCCAAAGCGGCGCGGCGGCAGUCGCUUGGCAGCGGCGGAAGGCUGAGGGGCGGCGGGUUGCGGCCGGGGAUGCUCCGGCGGGUUGGAGGGCCCCCGCCAUGCAGCCGGCCGAGAUCCAGUUCGCCCAGCGGCUGGCGUCCCACGAGAAGGGCAUCCGGGACCGGGCGGUGAAGAAGCUGCGCCAGUACAUCAGCGUGAAGACGCAGAGGGAGACAGGAGGUUUCAGUCAAGAAGAACUUCUAAAAAUAUGGAAAGGGCUCUUCUAUUGCAUGUGGGUGCAGGACGAACCCCUUCUGCAGGAGGAGCUAGCAAACACGAUUUCCCAGCUCAUCCAUGCUGUUAACAACUCUGAGGCUCAGCACCUGUUCAUUCAGACCUUUUGGCAAACCAUGAACCGAGAGUGGAAGGGGAUCGACAGGCUGCGCCUGGACAAGUACUACAUGCUGAUCCGUCUGGUCCUGAGGGAGUCCUUUGAAGUUCUGAAGCAGAAUGGCUGGGAAGAAAGCCAAAUCAAGCUUUUCCUCGAUGUCUUGAUGAAGGAAGUCUUGCAUCCUGAGAGUCAGUCUCCAAAUGGGGUGAAAUUCCACUUCAUUGAUAUUUAUCUGGAUGAACUAUCCAAAGUGGGAGGGAAAGAGCUUUUAGCAGAUCAGAAUCUCAAGUUUAUUGAUCCAUUCUGCAAAAUUGCUGCCAAGACUAAGGACCAUACACUGGUGCAGACUAUAGCUAGGGGUGUUUUUGAAGUCAUUGUAGAUCAGUCUCCUUUUGUACCUGAAGAGACGAUGGAAGAACAGAAAACUACAGUGGGUGACAGCGACCUCCCUGAAGAAGAGAUAGCCGAAAGUGAGGUGACAUGGAGAAAAACAUUGAGUAAAAAGAAGACAGCACUGGGCAAAUAUCACUCCAGAAAGGAAGGAAACAGUGAUGAAGGUGAGACAGAUGGUGGCGGAAGCAUGGAGGACACUGGACCACCUCUCCAGUUUGAUUAUAAAGCUGUUGCGGACCGACUCCUGGAAAUAACCAACAGGAAAAACAUCCCUCCCUUCAACAGGAAACGUCUCUGCAAGCUAAUCAAGAAAUUCCAAGAUCUCUCUGAAGCAGGCAGUAUGUCUCAACUCGGUUUUGCUGAGGACAUUUCUGCUGAUGAAGAUGACCAAACGCUCAGUCAAGGAAGGCAUAAGAAAAAAGGAAAUAAACUUUUAGAGAAAACCGACAUGGAAAAAGGUGAAGGAAACAAGUUCUUUCUUGCUGAGGAAGAGGAGAGUAAAGCUGGUGUUCACAAGAGGAAAAGGAAAAAGAAGAAGAACCACCUUCAAUCUGAACACUUAGGGUCAGGGGUUAAAGCCGUUCCCCCAGAACAGAACGGGGACAGUGAGCCAGAGGCAGGUCCAGAAAGAGCCCAGCUGGGUGGGAUUGAGCUAGGGGCAGGGGUUUCGCCCAGCCCUCAGGGGCAGAGCAGCUCGGAGCACCCCCUCGUGCAUCCUCCCAUGCACAGCAGGAGGAAACGACCAAGGAAGAGGAGCCCACGGUUCCAGGGACUGGUCUCCGAGUCCACGGCGUCACCUCUGGAGGACUUGUGUCCAGGUGGCCCCGACAGUGGUUACGCUCUGGUGCCUGUCCCCCACGCUUCCCCAGCCAGUGGAGCCCCGGCCCUAAAGAGGAAGCGGAAACUCAGGGCUCCCCUGGCCAACGGCAGCCCGCCCACACUGGCCUGGCCCCCGCCCCAGGAGGAAGGCUCAGCAGACGGAGGGGAUUGCCCAGCCACACUGCCCCCCGGUGGGAAACUGAAGAAAAAGAAGGGGGAGCCCAGCCGUCUUGACCUCUACAGCCCGUCCACUCAAAAAACUGCCAUCUUCAAAAAGAGGAAGAAAAUGAGAGAGAUGUUGAACUUGGUGGAACACAGCAGAGGACUGGAAUCCGAACUCAAGCUCGUCCAGGCUCUGGGGAGCAGUGGAGCCUUCAGCCCUUUGAAGAAGAAGAAGCUGAGGACUGAGAAUGACUUUGUGAAGUUUGACACCCCCUUCUUACCAAAGCCCCUGUUCUUCAGAAAAGCUAAAAGCAGCGCCGCCACCCCUGUGACCCCUGCAAUGCAGCUCAACAAAGCACCAUCCAGCUCCAAGAAGGUCACCUUCGGGUUGAACAAAAACAUGACUGCGGAAUUCAAGAAGACAGACAAGAGCAUCUUAGUCAGUCCCACGGGCCCCUCCCGAGUAGCCUUCAACCCUGAGCAGAGGCCCCUCCACGGAGUGCUGAAGACCCCCACCAGCUCCCCUGCCAGCACCCCCCCGGGGACCAAGAAGCCGCUGACUGCCACCCCAAAGAGAAGGCCCACGGCUAUGGACUUCUUCUAACAGUAGCAGAGUCCCUUUGUAAAGACUGCUUUUGUACAGAAUACUCUAUAAAUUAUAACUUUUAAAAGGUGGGGUGUUUUUUAUUGCUUUAUAAAUUGUAUAUAUGAGGGUCAGAGUGUGAGCCAUGACGCUGCUGUGGGCAUCUUGGUUGAAGUUUCACUACAAAUACCGUUUGUGCUAGCGCUCACCGGGAUUCCACACUCGUGGGAACCUCGGUGACUCCCCUAGCGUGGGAGCUGAGAGCAUGUGACCUUCACCACUAACAGAAGCUGCUGGCACGUGACAGCCUGGAGUUCGACUCCAUUGGCUGUCUGCCUGUGCACAGCUUGGUACUCGUGUUUGCCUGCUUGGCUGAUUUCCUGGUGGUUUUGGUGUAAGUCUCCAUUUAAAAAGCACCUAGGCUUUGUUCCCAUGUUCUGUGGGUAAUGGGCAGUUUCUGAUCGGGUGACUCUUAUGACUAAAUCCGAAAUACAGCUGGGGAUGAGCCUUCUGGUGGGGGCAGGAGAGCAGAGCCCGUGGCCUGUGGCCUUCCCUGUGUUGCUACCUCUCAGCCAGCCCAAAGUGUCCUCAUCGGAGAGCAGUAUCCCCGGCGCACCCUCAUCCAGUCAUCGUGCUCUGGCUGCUCUUUAUACGUAAAUGUCGGUGCCCGCGGCCUAUCGCCGGCGUCCACAUGAGCAGCUCUCCCUUCUGGAGUGAAAACAGUGCUCCAGAGGCCUGGCCGCAACGUCCGGAGACCGAGCUCCUGCUGGGAGGCAGGCAAGCAGCUGCCAGGACCGUGUGUGUGUAUUUAUUUGUUCAUAGUUACCUUAUAUCUGAAAUGCUGAAUCAUGCACUUAGAGAUUUUUAUAAAGUCCUCAUUUUAUUUAGAAAAAAUCAAGGUGGAAGGCACAGAGACUUUAGUUGGAGAAACAAAGGCAACUUGGAGCAGCGCUGCCUGAUCCUUGACGUGAUCCCAGAGCCUGAGUGAGGGGUGAGAUGCAGACUCAGGAGUCGGGGGUCGCCUCAGGAAAGCCCCUGGCCCGGCUCAUUCUCCAGUUUGCACAACCACCAAUUGCAGACCUAAAGAUGCAGUCGUAACUUGGGGGGCACACAGUUUUGCCUCAGGUGCCCAGUGCUUCCCCAGCCUGCUCUCCACUCGGGGAUCUCAGGCCUCUUAGAGUGAAAGCCUCCCUCUCCCUCAAGCAGGAGCCCCAGUUUCUCACCAAAAGCAGGGCCAGCCCCCGAUGCUACUUCCCAGCUGAGAGCCCGGUGUGUCACCCCUCUCCCUGGUUAGGGCUGUGGCUUCGGAAGAAAGGCCCUCUGGGAUGACGUGGUCCAGCUGACUGGUUUCCUUAAUCACAUGACCAGGGGGGGCAGACUUACCCAGGAAGGCCCUGCUGCGAAGGAAGGGGAACUGUUCUGUGCCUGCUCUAUAACAAAGAGUUGUCACUGUUGGGUCAGGAAAACAGAAACAACGAACCUUGUGCUGUUGUUAGCUCUUCCUUGUAGCAAGAAGUCUUCAUACAAGAUGACCUUGUAGUUGCAUGGUUUUAGUGUGCUACAUUCGACAUCAUACCUGAAAUCAUUCAAAACCAGAAAUGAAGUUUGAAAAGAUUAGAUUUAAGUUAUCAAAUAUUUUUAACUUAGUGUGUGUUUUUUUAAAGUAUCAUUAUUGGUCAAAUUAUUUUUCUAACAACUUUUAUUUCAGCUUUAAAGAUAGGUCUUAUAGUCAAAUGGGCCAUGUAAUCCAGCCAUGUUAAGAUGUCUUAGCAAGUCGUUCUAGGGCCAAAAAUGGCACAUUUAUUGUCGUGAUGAGUGCAGGACCUUCUCUUCAUAGCGCUGUAUGUCACCUGUCCCUUCUGGGCUGCCAGCGAGUGCCCUGUGCGUGCUCCUGCGCAUGCCUGCCUGUGACGUGGGUCCUGAAGGAACAGUGUGUCUUGGAUUCCAUCUGUCCUCUCUGUCCUAACUUACUCCAUUUUGUGGGUAAGUCCAGUAGUUUUACUGUGGCUUAUUUUUGAUGCCUAAAUUUUGGCUACAAAAGAAAAAAAAACAAUUUUUUAAAAUUAUCAUUAUGUAUACAUACAAGAAUGUCAGAUAAACUAUUUAGAAUACUGGUUUUCUACUUGAUGCAUGCUAUUUUCCUAGGUAAAAUUGCCAAGGGGACUUGGCAGUCCAAAAUGGGAAAUAAUUUAAUGCUGUUGAUCUUACAGUAUUUUGUAAAACAAUCGUCUGUACGAUUUGGUAUCACACUUUACAGUGUAUUGUCCUUUCUAACUUUUACUGAACUGAAAGCACAAAGAGGAGUAUAAAGCAGUUGUUAGUGUUGGAAAAAAAAUAUGAAAUUGAGUCCAUAUUUUGAUUUUUGUGUGUUUUCUCUGAAUUUACCUGACUGCUGGCAAGGACUGUUUGUUUACAACCACUUUGUGUUAGUGUCUGCAGGGUUUGUCAGUACUCAUCAAAGCCAAGUUCAAUAAAAGAAUUGUCUUUGCCUCAGA